CAAGACAAAUUGUACUUCCUGUUUUGAAAUUGGUCAUUGUAACAUCGAAAAUGACGAAAGCGAUUAUUUUCAACAGUUUGACAUGUUUCUUUCAUUUAAUUUUAGUUAAUAUAAUGAUAUUUUCUCCUGUUUUAUGUUCUGAUGAUUCUUUUGAGUCAGAGAGCAACGAUCGCUUUAAAAUUGAGGGUAAAGUGACGAUGACAGAUGCACGAAAUUCGGACUGGAUAGGGGCAACUCGUGUUCUUGUCGACGGCGGAGACUAUGUGGGAUAUAUAAGAAGCGAUGGUACCUUUGUUGUCAAUGACCUGCCAUCUGGAACAUAUGUUGUAGAGGUUUCACAUCCAGAUUAUAUUUUUGAGUCUGCUAGAGUUGACAUUACAGCACGAGGAAAGAUGAGGGCUAGAAGGGUUAAUUACUUACAGCCUUCCUUAGUAAAAACAAUGUCAUACCCAUUGGAUUUUAAAGACAGACAGAAGGCAAAAUAUUUCCAAACAAGGGAACAAUGGAGAAUCACCGACUUUUUAAUGAAUCCUAUGGUCCUAACAAUGGUUUUACCUUUGCUUCUGAUAAUGGUGUUGCCCAAAUUAAUGAAUGCUGCAGAUCCUGAAGCUCAGAAGGAGAUGCAGUCACAGAUGAAGGCCUUCAAUGACAAAUCUACAGUGCCUGAUAUAUCAGAAAUGCUGGCUAGCUGGUUUCCAAGUACUGAUAACAAGAAAACAAAACAUAACAAACUUAAAAAGAAAUAGACUCCGAGGGAAAGUGUUAAAAGGAUGUUUUGGUUUUGUGUGGUCAGAGAGAAUGUAGAUGUGGAGUUGAAAAGUGUGUAGAGAAUGUGUUGCAUCAAAUUUGAUCAUAUUUUAAAUUUCAUACAGAGAUGAAAGUGUAUUCAAGGACAUAUAGUUGGAAAUGUUGAAGGUUUUAUUCUAAGUCAUUAUAAUGAAAAGUAUUUGUUGUCUUUAACCCUUAUGUUUUCAUAUUUCUUGAAGAUUAAUGUUGUACCCCAAAUUCUGAUUUUUAGAAAUACUGUAAUAGAUAGAGUGUAAAAGUAUUUUCAUAUUCAUCAGUUUCAUACACUUAAACAAGCACUUAGAGAAUAUUUUUAACCCUUUUUCCAAAGCACAGAAACAAAUAUGUAGAAGUCUGAUAUAUUUAUUUUAUACCUGUAAUGUGAACAAAUCAUAACAUGAUUAUUUUUAAGUAAGUACUGCAGGGUCAUAUAUUGACUGUAGAUUGUUAAGCAGGCUGAUAUACAUGAAUAAGAUUAUAGAUAUUUUGCAUUCAAGGAUGCAGAUGAUCUCAAAUCUGCAGACAUUUUACUUUUAUAAACAGCUUGAAAUUAUUUGUCUUUGUAUAGCUUAAGAAAAAUUAGUUUUAUUGCGUAGAAAAAAAGGAAGCAAAUUUUUUUAAAUUUCAGUAGCACUUAUAUUAUAAAUAAACUGUACAAACAUUUUUAUGGUAGGUUAUAUGCAAUAAAUAUCACAACUGUACAAAAUUAACAUUUUGCCCUUUAACAUAAUAAAAUUAUAAAUUUU